UCUUGCACUAUGCACAAGGUUUACUAAUGAUGUCGAAACGCGAUGGAUUAGAAUCCCCACGUCGAAGUGUAGCGUGCCGCUCUCAACGUAGCGUCCCCGCGGGCGGCGCGUUGAUGUCAUCCUGCAGGCAGAACUUCGAGCACGAGAUUCGUGAGGCUGGGCCUUCUGUUCAAGCUCACGAACGCGGUCUGUCAGUCGUCAGGUUUACUGUGCAUGUGCAGCAAUGGACUUUUCCGCGGAAGAUGAUGAGGCUUUGCGCCAGUUUAUGCCGACUCAGUUUGGCAGGAAAGAGGGAGAUGUAGAUGUUGAGGCGCAAAUUGAGCGCUGUCGGAGACCGGUGGUGGAUGAGAGCAGGCAGGGCAAGAAGGUGGAAGAUAAGGACUCUGACGAUGACAGCGACGACGAUGAUGAGGAUGAGGAUGAGUUCCCGGUCUCCCAUGAGCUGGUUAUCAAAACGCAUGACCGCGCUGUUACCACUAUUGCGCUCGACCCUUCAGGCACGCGGAUGGUGACGGGGAGUAACGACUGCACAUUGAAGCUGCACGAUCUCAGUUCGCUGACACCAAGUACGAUACGCGCGUUCAAGACGGUCGAUCCGUUCGCUACGAAGCCCUCGCAGACCGCAGAGUCGCAUCUGAUUCAUCAGGUCCUGAUCAGUCCGCUCUCUGGAAGCCAGUUUCUGUGCGUCACGGCGACGCCGCAAGCAAGGCUGUUUAGCAGAGAUGGUGACCUCACUGCAGAGUAUGUCAAGGGAGACAUGUAUCUGAGGGACAAGCACAACACGAAGGGACACACAGCAGACCUUACGAGCGCUGCAUGGCAUCCAACGAACAGGGACAGAUUUGUGACUGCGGGUACGGACAGCACGGUGCGCAUAUGGGAUGUCAAUAAGAGGAUGAAGCAGGAGGAGGUCAUAGUGCACAAAUCGCGGGCAGCGGGGAGUGCGGGAAUGACGAGAAUGACGGCGGUUGCUUGGGGCGCUGCAGCUGAAGGUGGCAGCAGCAUACUAGUAUCUGCAGCGCUUGAUGGCAGUCUAGUCAUGUGGGGUGGAGAAGGCCCAUAUCACCGCCCUUCAGCGGAGAUUCGCGAUGCGCACGAGAAGGAUACUUGGACAAGCGGACUGGAUAUCAGCGCCGACGGAAGACUGGUCAUAACAAGAGGUGGAGACGACAUGAUCAAGCUGUGGGACUUACGAAAGUUCAAGACACCGCUCAACACAACAUCACAUCCCUCGACAUCAUCACAGUACCCAACAUCGAACAUCAAGUUUGCGCCAAACUCGGCGAGCAUCAUCACAGGUUCCGAGACCGGCCACCUACACAUCCUCAACCCAGCAACACUCCGUCCAGAGCUCGUCACCCCAGUCACCCCAGGCUCGCCUCUCAUCACAGUAAACUGGCAUCCCAAGCUCAACCAGAUCUUCACCGGCUCCGCCAACGGCCAAACAACCAUCCUCUUCAACCCCACUCUCUCCACAGCCGGCGCGCUCACCAUCCUCAGCAAAGCGCCCAAAAAGCGGCACCUCGACGACGACCCCAACCUCACCGUGGACAUGGACCCGCUUGGCAUGGCCGGCGAAGACCAAGGAGGUAAAGCUACGCCAGGCUCCUUCUCAGCGCGGCACCCUACCAUCGGGCUCACAGCGUCCGGCAAGAGUCGCGACCCGCGGCGCCCGCAUAUUCCCGCUGUCACGCCGUUUGCGAAGAGCACGCCGGAUCAGAAGUAUGUCAUGGAGCAAAUUGAGGGGAGUGAUAUGCGCGAUGAGGAUCCGAGGGAGGCACUGCUCAAGUAUGCGCCGAAAGCCGGGGAGAAGAAUGUUUUUACGGGGGCGUGGGAUAAGACGCAGCCCAAGCAGAUAUACAAAGACUACGAUAGUGAUGAGGAUGAGCCGGCGGGGAAGAGAGCGAAGAGGCAGUAGUGGGGAUUGAUUGGUUUAACGUCCUAUGUGAGUCUAAGACUAUGGAAGACGAAUAGUAGUGGAGAGCUCUGGUGAGGAAUCACGUUGAGCUGCACUGGAGACUUCGGAUGGAUAGAUUAUACCCAGAAAUCAACAAGCAUCGUACAAAUAGCA